AACUGAAUACAAUAAUUUGUAUGGCUUGUGAUACAUACUCCAGGAAUAAAAUAAAGAUAAUGUCUAAUUGAUGCAGCAUUUUUUACAUUUUACAUAUAGUUCCCUUCUUCUUUUUUAUCAGUGUCAUCAAUGGUCAUCAAUGUAUUUCUCAAUCAUAACAUAACCUCGUGAACAUUUGUUAUGGAAGGACUUCUCCGCCCGGCACGCAACCAAAGACGCAACUACGAAAUACACGCACCCACACACACAGACGCAAAUGCCAUUGCAAAGGUAUAUCGCACACAUGUCCAGAGAGGCGCGAACUCACUUCGAGACAAGAGAAAUUUCACCCCGGAAUAAGCGAAAAUUAACCGUGUUGAUUUAUUUUCGUGCUAUUACGUGAGGAUCCUCGUGAUAACGAGUUAAAACUUGAAACAUGGUUUUAUACGUUUCGCGUAAUGGUCAAAAAACAAUCUUUUGGAUGGGUUGUGCAUGCGUCAGUGCUUACGUUGCUUAUCGUUACUGGAGAAAACGCGAAUUCAAGGCGAUCGACGAAGGAUUCGAGGAGAUCUCAAAGAUCGAUGACAGCAAUGAACGAAGAGUUUUGCUUUUGGGCCUGGAUGGCGCUGGAAAAACGUCCGUGAUGAAUCAAGCAGUUGCAGCUGAUGCUCAUGGCAAUUCUUAUAAAAUACCUCCAGCUCCAACUCAUGGAUUUGCUGUCUACAGAUUGAAGAAUGGUCCCUACACUUAUAACGUCUGGGAAUUCGGAGGAGCGGAAGACACAAGGACUUACUGGAGUAAUUUUUUACAAGAUACCGAUCUCCUGAUAUUCAUGGUAGAUGCAUCGAAUGCUACAAAAUUGUCAUUAGCAGUUUCGACUCUCAAAGAACUUUUGGGUGAUCAAAGAAUGGACAAUGUUCCAAUUCUUGUUGUGGCAAACAAACAGGAUGAACAAAAUGCCUUGAGACUGGAGCAGGUAAAAGAUGCUCUCGAUCUUCGAAGUAUUUCACCACACAAGCACAAGGUUGAGGUAAUAGGCUGUCAGACUCGACCAUUACCAGAAACAGCACUAAGCCAGUCAGAGUACAAUUGGCAUCAUUCAUCAGUCGAUGAACUCAGAAAGAAAAUAUUUUCACUUGCUGUACCAUCAUAGGCGAUCCCAUGUCCUAAAAUCUCGACACGACUAAGGAUAAAGAAAAUAACGAAAGAAAAAAGAAAACAAAAAAUUAUAAUGAUCUAUUCUUUCUAAUUUAUUACAACGAAAUGAACGCGGAAGGGCCUUAAGACAAACGGAAACAGAGUCACGCUUGUUAAGAGCAAAAAAAACCCACCUCGUUAUUAAUUUAUAUUAAAAAAAAUUAAAUCGUAAGAUUGAAAAAAACAUACUUUAUAUCUGUAAUGAAUCAUUAAAUCAGAAAAGGUUCUACAUAA